AUGACUACGAAUAAUUGGAGAAUAGAUUUUACCAGUCUUUCAGAACAAUCUCGGCGACGCGAAGUUCGCGGUCAAACGGCCACCAUUGAUCCACCACUACCACCUGGAUUCACAACUAGCACCCAAAUUAGUGCUCCCUCCUCUUCAAAAGGAAGCUCGAAAAACAAAAAGGAUGUACAGCAAAACGACUCAGAAGAUCGUGAAAAUCUCAAGGUCAAGAAAGCCUUGGAUGCGGCCCUUUCUCCAGGAAAGAAUAUACCCAUGAACGCCUUCAUGUUAUGGAUGAGUGGAAAUGGAGUACAAAUAUUUAGCGUCAUGAUUACAGGAAUGUUAUUUUUUCAACCGAUUAAGGCUUUGAUGAGUAUUGAUAGUGUAUUCGAACGCUACGAAUCACCAAAGAAUAGGUCUCAUCUGAUUUGGCCAAAAAUCGUAUAUGUGGCACUACAACUGCUCACAAUGUCACUUGGAUUAUAUAAAUGUUUUUCUAUGGGGUUGCUACCCACUGCAACUUCGGAUUGGUUAGCAUUCUUGGAACCAAAGCAGGUUCUUGAAUAUUCUGCAAUAUAA